GUUCAGGGGACUUGUCGGUGGUCGGAGGUCCUGGUCCAGGUCAGUGUCAGAGGAGGACGCACCGCACAGGACGCAUCAUGCCGCCGCUGGGACUAAAAGCCAUUGUGGGAGAAAAGAUAAUGAACAAUGUCAUCAAGAAGGCACGAGAAAAAGGAAAAUGGAAGGUUCUGGUGGUGGACAAACUGAGUAUGAGGAUGGUGUCGUCCUGCUGUAAGAUGACAGACAUCAUGUCAGAGGGAAUCACCAUUGUAGAAGACAUUAUGAAGCGGCGUGAACCUCUGCCCAGUAUGGAGGCCAUUUACCUGAUAACACCUUCAGACGAGUCUGUUGAAGGUCUGAUCGAUGACUUCAGAGAUCCUCAGUCUCCACGUUACAGAGCAGCUCACGUCUUCUUCACUGACACCAUCCCCGACUCGUUGUUUGGCCUCUUGACCAAAUCUCGCGCCUCCAAAGCCAUGAAGGCCUUGACUGAGAUCCACAUCGCCUUUCUGCCCUAUGAAUCUCAGGUCUUCUCCCUGGAUAAAGUGGAUGCCUUUCAGGACUUCUACAGCCCCUUUAAGGCUGAUGUGAAGAACAACAUGCUGGAGCGUUGUGCUGAGCAGAUCGCCACCCUCUGUGCCACCCUCAAAGAGUAUCCUGGAGUCCGAUACCGAGGGGAGUAUAAAGACUGUGCUGUUUUGGCCCAGAUGCUUCAGGAGAAACUGGACGGAUACAAGGCUGAUGAUCCCACGAUGGGAGAGGGUCCGGAUAAGUCCCGUACUCAGCUGCUGAUCCUGGAUCGUGGGUUCGAUCCCGUUACACCUCUGGUUCACGAGCUGACGCUUCAGGCCAUGGCCUACGACCUGCUGGGCAUCGAGAACGACGUCUACAAGUUUGAGACCAGUGGGAUGGGGGAGACGAGGAUGAAGGAGGUGUUACUGGACGAAGACGACGACCUGUGGCUGACUCUGAGACACAAACACAUCGCAGAAGUGUCCACGGCGGUGACUCGAUCGCUCAAAGAAUUCUCGGCCAGCAAAAAGAUGAACACUGGAGAAAAGACCACCAUGAAGGAGUUAUCGCAGAUGUUGAAGAAGAUGCCCCAGUACCAGAAGGAGCUCAGCAAGUAUUCGACCCACCUCCACCUGGCGGAGGACUGUAUGAACCGCUACCAGGGCGCCGUGGAUAAACUCUGUCGUGUGGAACAGGACCUGGCGAUGGGUACGGAUGCAGAGGGAGAGAAGAUUAAGGAUCCCAUGAGGCUCAUCGUGCCCAUCCUUCUGGACAGCAACGUCAGCAUUUUGGACAAGAUUCGCAUCAUCCUGCUCUACAUCUUCCUUAAAAACGGUGUGACUGAGGAGAACCUGUGUAAACUUCUCCAACACGCCAACAUCCCACCAGAGGACAGCGACAUCAUCUCCAACAUGGCCCACAUGGGGGUACCCAUAGUGUCUGAGGGCGCCCCCAAGAAAACCAAGAAACCCGACCGCAAGGAGCGAAUCAGCGAGCAGACGUACCAGCUGUCCAGGUGGACGCCGUACAUCAAAGACAUCAUCGAGGAUGCCAUCGAGGACAAACUCGACCCCAAACAGUUCCCAUACAUCUCCCAACGACAAGCGUCUGCCAAAGCCAGCGCUCCGUCCAGCAGCGCUCGCUACGGCAACUGGCAUAAGAACAGGGGUCCGACAGAGAUGAAGACGGGGCCGAGGAUCAUCGUCUUCAUCAUCGGAGGGAUGACGCACAGCGAGAUGCGCUGUGUGUACGAGGUGACGCAGGCCAACGGCAAAUGGGAGGCGCUGAUCGGUUCGACCCACAUCGUCACCCCCCCUAAGUACCUAAAGGAGCUGCAACACCCCGACUUCCUGGACCCCAACGCCCCAGCAGAGGGCGCCGAGGAGCAGCCAGCAGAGUGAAAACACAUGUUGAAGAUCCACAGAUAUCUUCACCCCUUCUCGCCUUCUAAAAGCCCUCAAAGACUUGGAGAAAGAUCAGACCGGAUAAGAACCUCCGUAGUCCUCCGGCGACCAACAGCAGUAACACCAACAAGCCCCGCCCCCUGCCCCCAGCCCUUACCCCGCCCCCUCAGCAUGGCUCAUCUGACGUAGACCUGAUGUUAAAAACCGCAUAAACCUUCAGACCGACAGAAGACUUUGGAUUUGUGUUGAAUGUUGUCUUUAUCGUGGGACUUUCAUAGGCUGGUUGUUUAUUCACAAAUGUUAACGUGACUUAGUCUAGUCGAUGGAACGAGAGUACAAGAUUUUGAAAGGAAACGAAGUGAAUUUGGGGACGGUUCUUCCUCUGCUUUUUACAGGAUCUGACAUCGAAUCCACGUAGGCCCUGUUGGCGUCCUGUCGUAACCUCCUGUUAACUGACGUAGUGCUUUUUUUCCGUGCAGUUCUAAUGAUAAACAGUGUUGUGUCCGACCUGGGAACAGUCCCUCCGAUGGUCCGUUUACUGUAGCGCAAACGUAUACAUAUACAGCAGUGUUGGAGUUUCUGUCCUGUGCAUUGUCUCUAUACUCAGCAGUGUAUUUUUAUUUUGUCCUGUAGAGAUCCAGGCUCCUUUUUGGUUCCGAUGUUGUCGUUUUUUUUUUGUUUUCUAGCGGUUCUUGAAGUAGUAUCCACUGUGUAAGAAGAGAGAUGUCUGCGCUUUUAUGUCCGCAUCCGUCGACUGUAACGCUGAAGGAUGUGUGUUACGCUAAUAAAGUGGCUUCCAUUAAA